UAAGGAAUUCUGUCUCCAUGAAUCGACCACCACCACGAGGCACAAGUCCCACCUCGCCCGCUCGCACGCCUCUUCCUCCUCCCCUCCUCCCUUCGCUGCACCCCCCUCUCGCCGCGGCAUUUCCUCAAACACCACGAGCGCGCGCCCAUGGGCAGUCUCCAGGUGCCCUCCUUUCCAGAAUGCCGGGAGAGGCGUCCGACGGUGUCGGCGUCGGACCUGGCCCCGCUGUUCGGCGCGCAGCGCCGCCACCUGGACCACUUCUUCGAGCGCCUCGACAUGUCGCAGGCGGCGGCGUUCGCGCAGGCGCUCCUCGACGCGCCGGGCGCCGUGUUCUUCACGGGCGUCGGCAAGUCCGGCAUCGUGGCGCGGAAGAUCGCGCAGACGCUGGCGUCGCUGGGCUUAUCGCGGGCCGGGUUCCUGGCCCCCGUGGACGCGCUCCACGGCGACAUCGGCGCGCUCUUCCCGGGCGACGUACUCGUGCUGCUCUCCAAGUCCGGCGCCUCCGACGAGCUGCUCGCGCUAGCGCCCUGCGCGCGCGCCAAGGGCGCCUACCUCAUCUCACUCACGUCGGCGGCGUCGGGCGCUGACUGCCCCCUCGCUGCCGCGUGCGACCUCAACGUGCACCUGCCGCUGCAUGGGGAGGUGUGCCCCUUCGGCCUCGCGCCCGUCACCUCCACCGCCAUUCAGAUGGUGUUCGGGGACACCGUCGUCGCCGCCAUCAUGGAAGCGCGGCGCCUCUCCAGGGACCAGUACGCCGCCAACCACCCCGCCGGCAAGAUCGGCAAGACCCUCAUCUUAAAGGUUAAGGAUGUUAUGAAGAAACAGAAUGAGCUUCCGCUGUGCAUGGAGGGAGAUAUGAUAAUGGAUCAACUCACUGAGCUCACUAGUAAAGGUUGUGGGUGUUUACUGGUGGUUGAUGACGAGUAUCAUUUGAUUGGGACCUUCACCGAUGGUGAUCUCCGGCGUACACUUAAGGCAAGUGGGCCAGCUAUUUUCAAUCUCACAGUUGGAGAGAUGUGCAACAGGAAUCCAAGGACAAUCACUGCAGAGGCAAUGGCAGUCGAAGCCAUGGAGAAGAUGGAAUCACCCCCUUCACCUGUGCAGUUCUUGCCUGUUGUCGACGACAAUAAUGUCGUGUGCGGAAUCAUCACAUUGCAUGGAUUGGUCUCUGCUGGAUUAUAAGCUUCCAUACCAACUUGGUCUCUACUGGAUCAUAAGCUUAUGUACCACCUUACCCGGUUCUUUCUUUGCAUCGACAUCUACGUGGCCCAAGACUUUCAAUUGCAAGUAUUCUUGGCAGUUCAGCCGAUAUCUGAAAGCGUCUUAUCUCUGUAGUAGUAUGUGUAUUCUAGAAAGUAUGUGGAAGCACAAUUGUGUCCCCAUGUUUAUAGUGAGUGUAUUGUAAAAGUAAUAUGCGAACGAGUACUGAGAUUCCAAUGCAGUCCAGUAAGCA